AUACUUAUUGCAGCAAAAAAACAAAAAACAAUGCAGACGCACACGAGAGUGUAAAAUGGAGUAUCCACAAAUUGAUUUAUACGAAUUCCUCACUGAGUCCGAACUGCAGCAGUACUACAAUGCCGUCAAAAACGAAUUGAAAAUAACGAACGCGGCCCAAUUUAAGUAUGCAGCGGACGAGGAUUUGCGUUUCAUCGGACUCUCGCGCCCGGAAAUCCGGAGGCUGCGUAAGUUCUACGAGAAGCAUUUUCCCCACAGCUACCUCAGCAAGAUCAAGCGUCUGCUGCAGGCGCCUGGCACUAUGGUUAAGCGGGAAGAGGCGCCCGGCGGCGGAAGUCAGGUGGCGCUGGAUGGCAGUAGUGCCUCUGCAUGCUCCUCUCUGGCCGCCAAGAACGGAGCCAGUUCUCCGAGCAAGGUGCCCAACAACAAGCACAUUAUACCGGCGGACUCCAUUAGUGUAAACAAACAGUUGGGAACCGGCGAAUUUGGGAUCGUCCAACAGGGAGUCUGGUCCAAUGGCAACGAACGGAUCCAAGUGGCUAUUAAGUGCCUGUGCCGAGAGCGCAUGCAGUCAAAUCCCAUGGAGUUCCUUAAGGAAGCGGCCAUCAUGCAUUCCAUCGAGCACGAGAAUAUCGUGCGCCUAUAUGGCGUUGUCCUGGCCACUGACUCGCUCAUGCUGGUCACUGAGCUCGCCCAUCUGAGAUCACUGUUGGAAUGUCUCAAGGAUUCGGGACUGCGAGUCAGUUUCCUCACCAUACCCACGCUCUGUGAGUUCGCCCUACAGAUCUGCAAUGGAAUGCGCUAUUUGGAACAGAAGCGCCUCAUCCACAGAGACCUUGCGGCGCGAAAUAUUUUAGUGUUCAGCAAGGACAAGGUCAAGAUCUCCGACUUUGGCCUGUCGCGGGCACUGGGCGUGGGCAAGGACUACUACAAGACCAAUUUCAACGUGAAUUUAAAGCUGCCGAUCGCAUGGUGUGCGCCCGAGUGUAUCAAUUAUCUGCGCUUUACCAACGCCUCAGAUGUGUGGGCCUUUGGAGUUUGCCUGUGGGAAAUGUUCUCCUACGGCUUUCAGCCCUGGGCGGCACUUACCGGCUUGCAGAUACUCGAGGCCAUUGAUGCACCCAACUACCAGCGGCUUGAACAGCCCGACUGCUGUCCCAGCGAGUAUUAUACAUUAAUGAUGAAGUGCUGGCAGGAUGACGCUGCCAAGCGACCGCGCUUCGGUGAAAUCUAUGACCAACUGCCCGAUAUGAAGCCAGAGCAGCUUAAAGCUGUAGUGAAUUGCACAGAACCCAAAAAGGACCAUCUACUUUAUCGCCAGGGCGAUAUUAUUAGCGUUCUAGACCGCAAUACGGGCACACCCUUCUGGAAAGGAGUGCUUAGCACUGGCAAAACAGGCUACUUCAACCCCUCCAACACUGUGGCAUUCCUCGAAGGUCUGCCCAGCUCCACUCGUGAUUCAUUCAGCCGGGUGAGUGACCACAGAAUCAGCAAACGCAAGCUGCGCACUGAGAUGAUAUCGAAGCCACAGAACGACUUCAAGCACACCGGCCACGUAGGUAUUGACGGAGCAACAUUUGGAGACAUCGCAUUCCUGGGAAGUUCGCAGAAUUACAAUCACGUACCCAAACAGAUAGUGACGCCCUAUAAACCCUCGGAGGACAUUGAACAAACACCUCUCCUACUGCCGCCCACGCCCACUAGUCCUGACUCUCUUCAGACUGCCAGCGGGUAUUUCCCAGAGGGUGCCAACAGCGGAGGCGCCAUGGGCACCUCCAUGAACCCCACCUUCAUUCCAUCCGCUGAACACACGCCCAAGCUGAUAGCUACCAAUGGCCAGAGUUCAUUCGACUUUGCCAGCGGGUCUACAAAUCCGUUUUUUCCUAACAGAGGAGACGAUGAACUGGAGUUUGGCUUGCACAACUAUGGUGCGGAUGGGAAAAGUGUCCAUUCGGAGACGGGCUGGCGCCCCACCUCUCGAAGUAUUGUAGAUGAUCCUCAUGAAUACCACGAGAUAUCAGAUGAUGAAAUAGCGGCUGACAAGCUGGACUUUGGGCCCUCGCUGCUGGACGAGAUUAACUCGAUGUUUGGAUCGAUAAGCGCUGCUACAGGCAGUCAUCCCAAGUCACCCGGAUUUGAUCAUGUGAACAAUAAAAAUGAGAUUACGGAAAUGUCCGCCAAAUUGGGUCAAAAAAGUGGUGACACCAAUGGUAAUAAACAUGGCCAUGGACUGCUGCCCACGCUCUCGAAAAAGAAAUCGUCGGGAACUGUGAAACCUAUUUCUGUGAAGGAUGAAAAGAUUCUCAACCAUGCCAUCGAGAUAGCCAACGAAAUUAGUGCUAGGUCGAUGAUUGAUCUGGUCUCUGAUCAGACACCUGUCAUCCACAGUCCUAAGCGCAAAUUUAGUUUUAGGUUUCCGCACUUGAGUAAUAAUGGAAGCGGCGACAAGUCUGGCGGAUUAGGAACCAGCGGCUCUGCCCACACGCCCACCCAUGGCAAUGCUUCGCCUUUUCCCAAGAAAAAGAAUUUCACCGAGGAACUGCAGAGCAUUCCGGAUAUACAGCGUUUCCGCUCGCUGAGCGAAAUCAAAAACAGCACCGAUCUACGUGUACCCAUCUUUGACAAGGAGAGCUCCGAUUUUCUAUUUCAAAAGUCGCGCGAGAUCCUUAGCAGGCCAUUGAAUCUGGAACGUGAGUGCGGGGAUGAACAGCCGCCGAAGAGUAUUGACGACAAUAUCAUGGACAUUGAAAACACACUGAAAGCGCUCAACUUGGACUUUAUGCACACCUACACAGAGUUAGAUAAAAGCGACUCCAACGACACGAUCCUCAACGACCAGCUGCCGCACAUGGCCAGUCUGGACGACGGGAUCAGCAGUGCUACCGGAAGCCUAAAGUCAGCGGUGUACAGCUACAGCAACGGUGUGCAAACCAUGUUCGAUUUUAAUGCGGCAACCAGUCACCUGGACAAGCACCUCCAGUACAUGCAUAACCAGGCCCAGCUAAGCGCCGCUGCCCCCGUCGAUCCCAAGCCUAUGGAUGACAAACGGUCGAGCACUCCAGACACGGGAUUCGCAUCGCGCGACACUAACAUCUCGUUGUCUCGUCGUAGCAGUCAAAAGUCCAGCUAUAGUCCUCAGGAAAGUUUUCAUUUUCCUUUGAAGGGCGAGCCCCUGUUUAGCGCACCACCAGUGGUUAUGUCAGGAGGAUAUGCCAGCCUCAAGGAUGAGCUCGGUUACGAGAGAUUCGGAAACGGAGCCACCAAGCAGAUGCUGGCCAGCGCCUCGCCCAUUAAGUCCGGAGUGGGCUUGAAUGCUAGCAGUGGCUCUGUUUAUAUGGGAUCCAAGGGCUACCGCCAGCGUUCAACAUCAUUCAAUGAGAGCUUCCAUCCCAUUUCACCGGUUCUCUCUGAACCGCCCCAGCGGGAGAGGGGCGUGAUCCAGCGACAAGUGAGGUUGGAGCAACAGCAGCCUUUGCCACGACGCUCCGCAUCGUAUAAGCCCCGUUCGAUCAGAGCUCGCACUCUAAGGCGAUUAAGUUACAAUCCAAUGACCCUGGACUCGAGUUCAUCCAGCGGCGAGGAGCCUGUCAAGCCAAGCCUGGCCCGUUCCGAGUGCGACAUCCGUGCCAGAGUGGCGGCCAGCUCGAAUUCGUCGUUGGGCAGACGGCGCCGGGCGGGAAUGAAUCGUCAGGUGCAGUCCGCAUGCCACGACGAACGUGAGGUUAUCAUAUCUCCUCGACAAAUGUACGGAUCCAAUUCGAGCAUCAAAUCGGCGCCGCACUAUAAUAUUGGAGGGCAAAGACGCAGCUUUCACAGAGGAGGACCUGGUGUUAUGGGUGGCGGCUAUGAGCAGUUCCAAUACGACGAGCGCAUUUACGAUUUUGGAGGUCGUGGUCCGGGCAAUAACUACAACAUGGCCCAAGCGAGUUAUUUGAGCUCUAGUCAAAAGCCCAGUUACCUUUUAAAUGGAUCCGAAUUGCCCGGAUCCGGGUCGGGUUCGUCUUCAGCUGCUUCGUCGGCAGUGCAGGCCACCUACAGGCCAGGAGCAGGAACCUCUGUACAGCGACCAAUGAGCGGUGGUGCUGCUCUGCACGAGUUCGACAUUAGUCGUCUGACGGGAAAGAGUCCCACUUCCACCAACUUCGUGGGAAGUUCGCCCGAAGAACUGAAACAGCGCCAGCUUUCUGUGGGCUCCCUUCAGACGCCAAAUAACAAGGUAGCGAAGCCCCAGCGACCCACGGAAUUCCACUGGCCGGAGAAGAUACAUGCAUCGGCGGUAAAGCAGCACGAGAUGCACUGGCGACAGGUGCACCAGCAGCAGUCGCUGCCCACAGCAUCGAUUAUCACAGCAGCGGUUGGUGGAGCAGUUUCAGCCCGAAGAUCUAGUGAUAGCUCUUCCUCGUCGAGCACCGAGAGCGGGGAUGAGUUCCAGUUUCGGCGCGAGUUUGUGGCGCCGCGAAUUCCGCCCAGUCCGGCUCCAUAACUAAGGAAAAUGCUGAAAUACGUUCUCAAUUUACUGUUUGGCAAUGUGAUGUCCGAUUAAGGCGAUGGCGAUGAGGAGAUGGAGAGAUGCGAAUUGAAUACGGCAAGUCGUGGUCACGAAUGGAUGCUCCGCAAGGAGCUUGGCGAUGUUGUGUUUGUGCUACUGUCUGUGUGUGAGGAAGGGAGCGUAGAGUGUUGGCGUCGAAGAGUAAAUUGUAGAAGUAUUUACAGCGAAUAGAUUAUAUAUUUUUUGGAUUUGAAUUUUUUGAAGCGAGAUGAGAGUGUGCCUUAUAGGAAAACACCGAAGACCUCUCAGAACAGAUAAUAAUGAUGUGCAGAUCAGCUGCAUACCUUCCAAACUUCCAUUACAUCAUCUAUCACAUGGUUCAUCAUCACCAACGGCUAAACUCUUUUGUAUCAAUAAAAGCGGUGUUCUUUUUCCAGUUCGAUAAAGUAUGUGAAAAUAUAGUGGUCUGUAAUUAGAUUUGGACUUCUGAAACUAAUUGUAAAACGCCCCAAUUCAUCAAAUUCUAUCUAAUUUGAAAAAGAUAACACCGCGAAAGUUUUCUCCGCAAUUUCUCAAACAGAAAAUAAAUUAAUAGCCUUACGUCAAUAUACCAAACGUUUCUUCAACUUUUCACUACAAACUAGCAUAUAUAACAAAGAUAAUGGCUUCCAAACGGAAUAGAAAAUGUUCAAGAAUUUUAUAAAAUGAAACCCAACAAGAGCUUGGUUGUCGAAAACAGUAUUGCAAGGCACACGAAAAAAACACAUAACACCUACACUUUUUGAGGGGAAUCCAACUAGACAGGGUAUUACCUAUUGCCGAUGAGAGCUGAGUCCUUAGAGCCCACGGUAGUUAUAAGUCACACACAGACACUGAAAACAACUAGACAGACAGACAGUCACCCACACAAAACUGUUGACAAUCCUCACAACUUGUCCACAUCCAAAGACAUUCGUCGGAGCAAGAAUCCCGUACGGAUUAUGUGCCAUAUCCUGACGCUUGCAUUUUUUAUGAAACCAAAGCUAAAGCGAAACCAAAAGCAAAAACCAAAAACAAAACCAAACAAGUUAGACGAUACCGAAACCAAGAGAAGCAUUUACGCUCACUUUAACUAGAGUGUCGAACCCUAAGUAUCUUUUAAGAUUGAAGAUAUUGAAGAGUCAAGUAUUGGCAUACUAACCAAAAUGAAACCGAAAGCAAAACUAAAAUAACCUUCAAUUGAAUUGCCGACGGCUGCAAGGGUCGAACGUUUUUGAUAACCUCACUAAGAAUAUAUUAUAUGAAUUAAACUUACUAAAAGAUUUUCGCAUUCUAUGCAUUUAUGAAUAACAUUAAAAUGAGAAUAUUAUAUACAGAUUAUAUAUACACCUACCUAAAUCUAAAUCAACCUAAUUAUAUGUAUACAAAUAUUUAGUACGAAAAUCGUAAUGUAAGCAUUGCGAAACAUGAUAUUCUAAACUAUGCGUU